AUGUCCAAUUACACACGGUUAACUCAUACAGAAUUAUCCGCUAUACCAGGGGCUCCAUCUCCCCGGGCAGCACACACUUGCGAUGCCGUGGGAAACUUUUUGAUUGUAUUCGGAGGAUGGUCCGGAAAAGUUGCUUUAGGUGAUGCCUAUGCCUAUCAUACGAAGAAGAGACGUUGGUAUGGAUUAAAUUUAUGUUUGGAUUUGAAUCCAAACAUAUCUAGUUCUUCAAAGAAGCGUCCAAAGUUGACACCAUCAUCAUUGAUUCGUAAUAACCACGUUUCAUCAGUUCACAAUAAUGAACUAUAUAUUCACGCAGGACAUGAUGGCAAUCAGUGGUUGUCUGAUAUGUAUGCUUUAGAUGUGAGUUUUUUGGAGGAUAGUGUAUCUGGAUUACAGUUUGGCCAGCUCGUUGACAUCCCUGUUCGUUAUGUGGAUGCAAUAGGUAAAGUUCCAUCGAAACGUGCUUGCCAUAGUAUGACACGUGUGGGUGACUGCUUCUAUACCUUUGGUGGAUACGAUGGUAGCCAAUGCUUUAAUGACUUGGAAGUUUUCGACCCGUCAAUUAGUACAUGGUCUAAGUUGAGCAAGCCGCAUGGUAAAAAACCUCCCGCAAGGAAUGCACACACCAUGGUAUCUGAUGGACGGAAUUUGUUUUUGAUCGGUGGUCACAGCGGCUCUGUUCAUUUUGACGACGUUUACACAUAUACUAUUAGUAGCCACACUUGGACAAAAGUGAAAUUGGAUGGUUUUAUUCCCCCACCUGUUCGUGGUCAUUCUACUGCAUUCUAUCAUCAAGAAGUAUACAUGUUUGGUGGUUUUAACGGUGACGAACCCUUCAACACGUUCUACGUGUACAACCUUCGGAGUUGCACAUGGGGAAUACAGGAUGUAUAUUAUGAAUCCAGUUCCAUAUCUAAGCGCCAAAGAUGUUCUAUGGUACAGGUUGGGGAUUCGUUGUAUAUUUUUGGAGGAUUUAAUGGAAAGCACUGGCUAAAUGAUUUACACACUAUAAAGUAUCAAUCAAUACAAGCUUCCCAUUCUGAUGAUUCUUUGGCCGCUCUUGCCAAAAAUUUGGGCCAGUUCAUGAAUAACUCACGCUUUUCUGAUGUAUCUAUAUCUGCUGCUGGUAAGGAGAUUCCUGCACACAGCGUCAUACUUGCAGCAAAUUCUACUUACUUUCAUGAUUUACUCACAAAGGAGGAUCCUCCCAGUGUUAUUGAAUUGAAUGGAUGGUCUCUUGAUGCUGUAAUGAAGUUGGUAGAAUUCAUAUAUACCUCGAAAAUAGAUGAUUUCAGUAGCAAUAAUCACUAUCGUAUUUGUGAAGUACUAGGGCUUGCAGAUAGUUGCAAUUUAGAUAAACUAAAGUCCAUGUGCGAAGAGUUGCUUGUGCCAAAAAUCGAUAUUGACAAUGCCUGCUACUUGUUAAAAUCAUCAAAGUUGUACAACGCUGAUUAUUUGCGUCAAUGUUGCUUUGACUUCAUAUCUGAAAACGCGGCGGAUGUGAUGUUAACUCCUGGUUUUGAGGAGCUGUCUUCAGUACCAUCUCUUGUCAUGGAGUUGGCCAAAUUGUCAAUCAACAAGACCGCGUAA